GAACUAAUUAACAGAAAAUGGCAUCUGAAGAAAUUUAUGAGUUCUUAAAAUCCCAAAACAGACCAUACAGUGCUAACGACAUUUUACAAAAUGUCGGAAAAGAUCAUAACAAAUCUGCUGUCUUAAAAUCCCUCGAUAAAUUGGUACAUAAAAAUAAAGUUAUUGAAAAGGUUUAUGGAAAGCAAAAAAUUUAUUGUAUCGCACAAGAUGAAACUACCGAUCCUCAAAAAUUAAACGAAGAACUGCGCGAAAUAGAUCGCCAAAUAACCGAAGUAUCAACGAAAUUAAAAGACGUUGAAAAUAAUUUGCAAGCACACACGGCACAAAUUACUUCACUCCAAGGAAAAAUGACCACUGAAGAGGCUAAACUGCAAAAAAAGAAACUCGAGGACGAAAUCCAAGACAUGAAAUCAAGAUUGAAAGAAUUAACAGAAAAUGCGAAGCCUUUAAGUGAUAGCGAAAAAAAUAAAAUUAUCAAAGAAUAUGAGCUGUAUGAAAAAGAGUACAAAAAAAGAAAAAGGAUGUGUAUGGACAUAGUAGAUACGAUAAUGGAAAGUUAUCCCAAAACUAAGAAACAUUUAUUGGAAGAUAUCGGCAUUGAAACAGAUGAAGAUGUAGAAUUCAAAUUAAAUUCUCACUAAAUAUUUUCCCAAAAAAAAAAAUCAU